UAUAUGAAUUGUCCGCGAAGACCACCGACAACAUGACUUUAAAUCCACUAGCAAAUCCAAAAGGGGUUAAACUUGCGUGUGAGCUCUGUCAGAAACCGGCGUUCAUUCAGUGCACGAAAUGUCGUGUCACUUAUUACUGCGGAGUAGAACACCAGAAAGCUGACUGGAUGGGAAUACAUGAAAAAAUCUGUCAAAGUUUAAUUCCACUGAGACAGGCCUCACCAUUCUUACCGUCAGAAGAAGAACGACAGAAAAGGAUUAACCACCUCAAUAUUAAAAAGCGUCAAAUGAUUGACCUCACAAGAACUACUGGUCAGAAACUGUUAUUUGAGGGUCGACAUGAACAGGCAGUUCCAGCCGCCAUGCAAUCCUUACGAUUCGCUAUAGAUGUACAUGGUCUAGCUAGCAUAGAACUUGUGCCAUCAUAUCUUAUACUGGGAGAGGCUAGUAUUGGCCUGGGUCGACUUUCACAAGCGGAGGAAUACCUAGCCCAGGCCCAAUGGACAGCUCUCAAAACGCCAGAGUGUUCUAACGCAAUCAAAUCUAAACUCUACAGAAAUCUUGGUCUUCUUUACGCAGCCAAGGGACAAUAUGACGACUCUCUCAGACAGCACGCAGAUGACAUCUAUCAUGCUUCAGAGGAGUUUGGUACUGAUGACAUCAGAACAUCUGGAGGAUAUUAUCACAUGGCAAAUGUUUUCUUUCGUCAAGGCAGAAUGGAUAUUGCUGACACACUAUACAGACAGGUGGCAGACAUUUGGUACCAACACUUAUUACAGAUCGUAAGAGUACGAACAGCCACCCCUGAUGUCCCUAAGGGGAUCGGUCCAGUGAUCUCUGAGGGAAAUUUAGAGGAGGAAGAUAGUCUGGAUGAGGCUCAGGAAGCUGAAGCUGUCCAGGUGUUAAAUGCUAUAUAUGACAUGCGAGAACACCAGUCUAACAGACGUGCCCAGGACCUGGCCAAGGUCAGCCAUGCACUGGCCAUGCUCUACUUUAUACUCAUGGAUAUCACUAAGUCCAAAGAAUUUGGCAGGAAGGCAGUGGUAGCUAGUGAGGGAGACGCUGACGACUCUUUGUCACGAUCUGUUGUGGAAUUCAUGAAAAUACUGGAGGCUGUAAAGUGAAGGACCAAU